AUGACUGCUGGUGAUUUCAUCUUGAAGCUACUUUUCCCAAUCCAGACUGGGAUUGGGGUGGUGGGGAAUACCCUUCUUCUCUCAGCCUAUGCUCCCACAUCCUGUACUGCCCAUGCACCGAGGCCCACACACCUGAUUCUCACCCACAUGGCUGUGGCCAACUUCUUGGUUCUUCUCUUCAAGGGGAUUCCCCAUAUGAUGUUAAUCUGGGGAAUAACACCCAUCCUGGGAAACACGGGUUGCAAACUUGUGUAUUAUAUCCACAGAGUGGCCCGGGGCCUUUCUCUCUGCACCACUUGCCUCCUGAGCAACUUUCAGGCCAUCACCAUCAGUCCCAGGCCUGGAGGGAUGAUAGGCCUUAAAGACCGAGCUUGGAAGAAUAUCAGUUUCUCCUGUAUUCUUUGUUGGAUCUUCAACUUGCUGAUGAAUACUUUUAUACCUAUAAAUAUAGAGGGCCUUCAACAUAGUCACAAUUCUACCAUGGUACGGGAUUAUGGUCUAUGUUCUUCCAGAAAUUCUGAAACAUCUACUCCAAAAUAUGCAUUUCUAAUGACACUGGCAGAUGUUUUGUUCCUGGGACUCAUGGCUUGGGCCAGUGCGUACAUGGUGCUUCUCCUAUAUAGACAUCAGCAGACAGUGAAGCAUAUUCACACCACCCACAACUCCCACAGGUUCUCCCCUGAGGCGAAAGCCACUCAAACCAUCCUGCUUCUAGCGAGCACCUUCAUUUUGUUUUAUUUAAUCAAUUCUUUCCUUGCCAUUUAUAAUACUGUCUCUUUUAAACCUCACCUCUGGCUGCAGCAUACAACAAUGUUUCUGGCAGCCUGUUAUCCCACCAUCAGCCCCUUGAUACUGACGCUUCAACAUCCUCAAGCACCAAAUUGCUGCUCUUAA